UCAUCAGACAUUCUUUGCGUCCUCACCUAUGGAGAAUUUCACCAAACACCAUCAUCAUCAUUAUCUCCCAUGGAUUUCACGGUCAACCGCUCGGAUUCUCCUAUCUCCGAUCAAGAGAACGACCUCAGACAAUGGUAUCACUCCUCGUUAGACUCUGACUAUCUCCGUCUCCGAAGCCAGAUAUUCGAAGCAAGUUAUCGGAAGACUGAUUUGAUUAGAGCGAACCGUGAGUUGUCUUACGAGAGAGAUGCACUUAGGCGAAGAAACCGUGAGCUUGAAGCUGGAAUUUAUGAGACUGGGAUGGUUAGGAAGGAAAUGAAGAGAGAUCUUGAAGUUUAUAGAGAAAGAGUCUGUGAAUUGGAAGUAGAGACGAAGGAGAAAUCCAGAGUACUUACGAAAACUGCGGAACUCGUAGGAUCUGUGGAAGAUCGCUUGUCGAAAUUGAUCCGAUGUUUAAACGAAGAGGAUGUUCCAGAAGGAGGAAGAGGUGAAAAAAUUGAAACAGAGGAAUGCAAUUCCAAGUCAAUUUUGGAGUUAGUCAAGGAGGUUGAAACAAAGUUAGAGACGUUCAUGGGAACUAUGGAGAAGAAGAAGAUGGAGCUAAGUAGAAGUGUGGAGUUUUUGGAAGAGGAGAACAGAGACAUCAAUGUCUUGUUAAGGGCUGCUUUGUCUGAGAAACAAACUGCAGAGAAGCAAUUGAAAGAGAUGAAUGAGCAGAAGGGAUCGGCUUUGCUGCAAAUAGCAGGACGAGGGUUGCAGAGGAUAGGUUUUGGUUUUGGGUUUGGGGAACCAUCACAGGAAAGCUCAGAAACAGGAACCCUUGUGAAGGACGAAGAAGAGAAUGGUGUGGUUAUAGCAAUAGAGAAGACAAUAAAGAAUCUACGGCAAGAGAUCUCUCAACUAAAGAUAUCGUUGGAUGAUACAAGGUUAGAAGAAGAGCGGUUAAAGAAAUUGACAGAGGAACAAACUAAGAAAAUAGCAGAGAACACGGUAUAUAUCGACAAGCUGCAAAACCGAGAGAAGUAUCUUGCUCAAAACGUGGAAGAGCUAGUGAAAGCAAUAAGAGAAACUGAAUCAGAAGUAAGUAGAUGGAGAGAAGCUUGUGAACUAGAAGUUGAAGCAGGGCAGCGUGAAGUCGAAGUACGAGAUCACCUCAUAGAGGUUUUAAAGGCUGAGGUGAAGAAGCUGAGAUCAGCAUUGGUGAUUUCAGAUGGAAAACUAAAACUGAAAGAAGAUUUGUCCAAAGCUGCAAUGGCAGCAGAAGAGGCAGCUGAGAGGUCUCUGCGAUUGUCUGAGAGAAGAAUAGCUGAGCUUCUCAGCCGCAUUGAACAUCUCUACCGCCAACUGGACGAAGCAGAGUCUACAGAAGACAGAGGCAGAAGGUUUAGGUAUGUUUGGUGUUGGCCGUUGUGGCGUUUUCCCACAGAUGCUUCUGCGACCGCUACUGGCGGAUCUUCAUUGUUAAGAUAUGAUGCGUGAUCUUGUAGUGUUUGGACAAGAGUUGUGUAGACUAAAUAUGACCACAGAACAGAAGCUUAAUAUUUACUUACUAUAAAAUCGAAAGGACAUAAAUCUUUGCGAUAACCCCAAUUACUA